UCCGCUAAAAUACUUGACACGCAACACAGAAGAGAUAGUAGAAACUUUAUAGUUAACGGAGAUGUGAUCACGGAUGUCUGUUCUAUGAGCUGAGAGUCACUCGGAGGAAGUGAAACCACACAAAGACAUGGCAGAGGAGCAGGAAGGCAAGAAUAUCACCUGUCAGGAUCCAGUUAUUUCUGGAACAAAUGACAAGAACGAAGAAACGCCGUCGGUUAAUGAACAAAUGGACCCCUGUCCGGAUGUAAAGCAGCAAUGUUCUGAUGAUGCAACUUUAGCAGCCGCACCUGCAAAUGAGGCACCUUCCAACAGCUGCGGAGAAGCCACAGGACAUGUGGUUAAUGCUGAAGGUGAUCAUUUGCAGAACACUGUCAGCGACCGUCUAGCUAAAGGUGAACGUCACGGCGAUUGCAAAGGAGACUCAACAAAAGAUGAGGACACAGCUGAGACCAUCCCUGAGGAGCAUUCCUGUUCAACAGGAGAAGACACCAUCAUUAAUACGGCAGAUCCAGAAGCAGAAACCUUACAAACACCAGCCAGAGGAGAGGAGGAAGUAGAUGGGCCUAAGGCUGAGAUUAGAGAAAAAUCACCAGCAGGCGAAGAUACAAACAGUGAAGCAGAAGAAGUUGGGUUUAAAAGCUCAGCUUCAGAAGAGGAAAGAAACAAACAGAAGAACAGAGUUUUACCACGGAUACAAAAGGUGCCAGACGUAAGAGAAAAUUAUGUUGAAACUCUUGGCCCCAGCACUGCUGAGGCUUCUGACUCAACAAUUCCAGAAGCUAAAAGAAUUCAUAAAGGUCUCUGGAUGAGUAUAGUGAUGGUUUUCAUCGCUAUCUUAAUGUACUAUGUCCUCCGGCCACAAGCUCUGCCUCCAAAAAAGGAUUUGUGCCAAAUAGAAAUUUUCCUAAAGCAGAUGGAAGAAAUAAAGACUCAGUAUCCUAACCAGCGUUCUGAGCUCUGGAACAGGAGCAGAAUCCACCUAAAGAAGCACCUCCAGACUCCCCAGCCCACAGAGCCAGUGAGUCUGAUCCUGACUGCAGGCCUUAGAGCUGAGAGGACGCUUUACUGCCUCGCUCAGAGCCUGGCCCACGCCUUUUCCUCGGCCCGCAACGCCUCCGUCCUGCACAUCGACGGAGCCAGCAAAGCCUGGCAGGACAGCGACCAAGUCAAGCUGGACAUCGACAGCAAGCUGCAAGGAGCGUUCGAGGGUGACAAACCUGUGGCUGUCAUUCAUCGCUUCGAAGAGCUGCCUCCGGCGUCCACACUCAUCUUUUAUCGCUACUGRGACCACGAGAACGCUGCGUACAAAAAGACUUUCCUCAUCUUCACAGUGCUYCUGGGUGAGGAGGAGGAGAUUCCCGCAGAGACUCGCCUGAGUGCUGUGGAGGAGAUGGUGGACGACCACCUACAGAAGAAGUUUCUCUCUCGUGGCCCCCCUGCGUCUUUUGACAGGAUGGAUCUCGAUAAGUACGGUGGACUGUGGAGCCGCAUUUCUCACCUCAUCCUGCCUGUGGCAGCAGAGAAAAGAAAAGAACUUGACGGGUGUUAYAUGACAGAGACUCUCCUGUAUAAGCCUUAAAUCCAAGCACUAAAUUACCACCUAUCUGCUCAGUCAGAGGAUUUUUAGCAGUGGUUUUAAUAACCCAAAGCUUUCCUACAAAAAUUUUAAUGACACCUCAUACAGAUGAACACAAUAAUAUUGACUCAUUUUACAGUUGGAUGUUUGAAAAAAAAAUCUGUUAUUUCUGAUGAAGGAAAAAAAACACAUUUGUUGUUAAAGGCUGAAGCACUUUACUUUUUUAGACUUUUUAAUGUAAUAAAUGGGCAGCAAAAUGAA